GGGGGAGAGAGGCAGAGAGAGUGAGAGGAAAACAGAGUUUGUUGUUCACUGAUCUUACGGAUAUUUGUAGAUUUUGAGUGUCGUCUGCAUUUAUACAUUUUUCUUUCACUAAUCCUGACUUCGACAACGAUAUCAUCUUAUUCUCUGGCUGACAAUCAUUACUUACGGAAGGGCCAAAAUGAGAUUCAACGCAUUGCUCGUAGCAUGCACUUAUUGCAGUUUAUUAAUAGCUGCCGCAGCUGCUGUCGACCGGAUUAUAUGUUCAACUUCCGCGCAAGCAGGCAAACCGCUUCCUACCUUACCAGUGGCAUAUUCAGUUCGUCUUGAAGUUAACGAAAUUACAAACAACAGGACAGUUGAAAUACACGCAUAUGUGGAUGAUCGCACAGAGAAAGUAGCUGUGAGAAUAACUUCCGAAAUAUCAUCGAGCUUCAGUAUUUUUAACUUCAAAACCAACCAACUCAUUAUUACACAAUCUGUGACGGAUGAUGACCUUUACAACUGUAAUGUUGAAAAGAUCGUUGGGGAUGAUGUGUUUGCAAUAUUUCGCCACCUCUUCGAGCUCAAUAAACUAGACCCAUCAAACUUACCUAAAAAUUUCCAGGAUAAUAUUAAGUACCUAGACUCUUCUGAGGUGCACGGUGAAAUAGUUGAGGGCUGGGAAAUAUGUGAUACCAUCAAUGCAGAAACCAACAAAAUAAGUUUAUAUUUCUCAGCUGAUGGCUGGAUUACAGCGUCAGGAGCGAAACAUGUUCCCGUCCGUUGCAACUUGAUCAGCCAAACAACUCAAAAUGGUAAAUUAAUCAAUAAUGAAUACUUGAUUGAAUUGUCUGAUUUUGAUCCUACACCCCCCGACUAUAAAAUCUUUGAGAUACCCAAGGAGACUUAUUGUAAGGGAUCUGCCUACAAAAAAGACUUGCCAAAAGUGAAGGAUGCUUUUUCAUGUGGAAUAGAGCGAAUCGAUCUGGGAGCAAAAUACCCAAUUAGAUUAAACCAAUACAUAUAUUAUGAUUUCAAGAAAAAGUUAUUUCGACUGGAUUAUUUUGAAAAUAUCAAGGGAAACCCCGGUUACCUUGAAGGUCAAUUAACACAGAUCCAUGAUUACAACACAGACACUGCCUACAUCAUCAGAAAAAAUGAUAUCAAAUGCGAAAUGAAAUCUAUUGAAGAAAUAUCUGAUUUGUAUAAACAGAUAGAUAUAACUAAAACCAGACUGAGGAACAACCAGGAAAUAUUACAGUUGGAUAAAUCCAAAUAUAUUUAUGAAGGACAAAGAACAGUACGUGGUAUCCUGUGUGACGUGUGGAUUGCACAUAGAGACGACUACCCUCUUCCAAAAUCAACUUUGUCCGUAUGGGAAUGGUAUUUCGCUUCGGAUGACGCCGUUUUAGAUAUUGGGGAGAGAGAAGAGACCAAUUUCCCUGUGAGAUUAGAGAUAAAACAUGAUGAGAGUAAAACGUAUGCUGUUCUAAACUUCUACAACUAUGAUGAAGACUUUCAACUGUACUCCACCUUUGAUAUCGACAAGUGUUUCGGAGUGGAAAACAGAUUAGAUUACAGCUUUGAAAUUAUCGGCUCUUUUGAUUCUAUUGUUAAUGAAGAUGAGGAAACAUUGAAAUACGAAAUUAGAUUCAGCUUGUCUGAAAUUGGUAAACUAUCACCCCUCAGACUUUCAAAUAUCCAGAUUGAUGAAGGUGAGAAUACAGUGGUUGUAUCGUUUUCUCUGCUUGAUGUGCCGCCAGGAAAUAAAGGAAAUGAAACCGAUUUGCAUACUGCUGCCAAGAAAUUAGUGGAUGAAAUCAGCAACAAUGAAUUAGUUAUUACAAGAAGCAAAGACAAGAUAUCUAUAUUAGAAAAACUGAGUUGUCAGAAAGUACUCCUCGGUGCCAUGGCUGGACUUGGUAUUGGUAUGUUGAUAGUUGGAGGUUUAAUUGGUUACGCGGUGGGCAAAUUUCUUGUGAAGAAGAAAAAAGAAUCAGCUUUUAAAGGAAUGAGGUUUGAAAAUUUGGAAAAAAAUCUUUCGUCACACAACUGUGUCCUCUUCAGCGACCACGAAAACGAAAAAAAGUGUUGCUGA